CAUCACCAAUAGUAAUUACUAUGGUAUGGGUGUUGAACAAACAUGGGCAGAAGGGUUUACCGGAGAAUGGAGUCACAAUUGCAAUUAUGGAUGGAGGAAUAGAUAUACAUUUACUGGAUUUAGAGAGAAACAUUAAUACAGAAUUGAGUUAUAAUUUUGUCCAAGACAAUAAGAAUGUGACUGCUGAGCAUUUUAACGAUGAACGGCCGGACACAUUACACGUAACAGACCACGGGAACAGAGUAGCCAGCGUACUUGCAGCUGUGAAGGGCAACAAAUUAUGUAGCGCAGGAAUAGCAUAUGACGCUACCAUUGCUGGUAUGUAUGUUACCUUAUUGUAUUAAGCACGUAAUCAUUUUUCGAUAUGUAUAGUAAAUAGACAAAAAGUGGCUACAUAGCCAUUACAUGAUCUCAAACCAAAAAUGAUUCAAU